AGCUGCUGAGUGUGCAAGGCUGCGGGGCAAAUGGAGUGGCUCGGGUCCAGGGGGCCUGGCCCUAUAAAAACGCAGGCGAGGGUCUCUUCCCCGACAUUGAUUAUACUGGAUCUGUCCCACCUCAGUACCAUCUAGAGUAACCCCACAAGGGAGAAGCAGCAGCCAUGAACACUCAACAGAUGGAGCAGAUGGGCCAGUUCAAGAUCACAGUCUGGGAGGAGGAGAACUUCCAGGGCAAGCGCUGUGAGUUCAUGCUGGAGUGCCAGAACAUCAUGGAGAGGGGCUUCAACAAGAUCCGCUCCAUCAAGGUCGAGAACGGACCCUGGGUGGGUUAUGAGUACCCUGAGUUCCAGGGACAGCAGUUUAUCCUGGAGAAGGGAGACUAUCCUCGCUAUGAGGCCUGGAGCGGAAACAGCAGCUACAGAACCGAGCACAUGCUUUCCUUCAGACCCAUCAAGUGCGCUAACCACAGUGACAGCAAGGUGACCCUGUACGAGUGUGAGGACUUCCAGGGCCGUAAGUUUGAGAUGUGCGAUGACUACCCCUCCCUACAGGCCAUGGGCUGGUGCAGCAAGGAGGUGCCCUCCAUCAAAGUCAACUCAGGAGCCUGGGUGGCCUAUCAGUUCCCUGGUUACCGUGGCUACCAGUACAUCCUGGAGAGAGACAGGCACCAAGGCGAGUACAGAAACUACAACGAGUUCAGCACCCAGGCUCACACCAACCAGGUGCAGUCCAUCCGUAGGAUCCAGCACUAAGCCUUCGUUCUGCCUGCCUGACCUGACCUGAAAAGGAAAAAAAAUCUAAACGAAAAAAC